UCGGUUGUCUGAACAUAAUUUGUAACUUUCUUAAAAUGUCUCUGUAAGACUAACAUAUUUCGUCACGUUGAUUUUCAAUAAAUCGUGUUUUUGGUGAUCACACAAGAUGGAAGAAGACACAUUCUAUUACACAGAAGCAGCGUUUCAACUGGAGAUAAAUCUUCAAAAUGUCAGAAAAGAUUUGCUAUCAAUGCUCGAAGUCUUCGAACAAGGACACUGCUUAGAAUGUUAUCAUCUAAAGUGCACCUGCAAUAACGAAACAAAAUCUGAAAGCGGUAAAAGCGAUACCAUUAUACUUGAUACGUUUGAUGAGGAAAAACACAAAGCACCACCAGCUGCUUCAUUACCAAUGCCGAAAUGGACCGUACCGAGCGAUGACGAGAGUCCCGAACCAUCGACACCGGAGAAAGUCAUACAGAAAGACAUUGAAGCUUGGAUUGACGCGGCUAAUAAGAUCGAAGACGGUGAACACGACGAAGAAGACGAAUACGACGAAUCCGACGAAUACGAGGAAUCCGACGAAUACGAGGAAUCCGACGAAUACGAGGAAUCCGACGAAUACGAUGAAGAUGAUGAAGAUGGUGAAGGUGAUGAAGGUGGUGAAGGUGAUGAAGGUGGUGAAGGUGAUGAAGAUGAUGAAGGUGGUGAAGUUGGUGAAUACUUUGUAGACGAUAUAGACGAUGAAGACGAGACUGUUAAAGCGGCUCCUUUACUUCCGUUAACGGAAUCGAAUAUAAAUUUUCCACUGGUUGAUAAGCAGAAGAAACCUCAAGUGGGGAUCAAUUACGCCAGCAACGGAAAUGUGGUCGAAGCAUUUUUUAAAUACUUUAAAAUGCCCUCAAAUACUGCAGUGACUUAUAUGUCAACGAAGCUAUCGGGAGUUUGCAACAAGCAAAACUAUACAUACUUUUAACGUUAAGUAUGAUUUUUUAAUA